GAAAUAUUCAAAGUAUUUUUUCAAUCCAAGUUAUGCUUAAUAAUCUCAACUAAAGUAUGCGUGUUUAAAAACAAUAUUUAUUUCUUUUGUGCUCAUUAAAUAAUACGAUUUGUUAUACUAUUUGAAUCAGUAUUUCAAAACAAAUUAAUUUUUCCAAGUUAUGCUUUAUGUCAGAGUUGUAUACAUUCCCAGCAGGUUAUUUCCUCUUCUUUUUAUUUUCUUCUUCUUCGAGAUUUCAACAGCUUCAGUGGCAGGAACGAAGAAAACAAAACUGAAAGAUGUGGACGUGGGUGUGAAACAGCGUGUGGUGAUACAUUUCCUGACGAAGGAGAAAGUGCUUCCGGACGAGAUCGAGAGACGCCUGAAGGAUGUGUUUGGGAACGAGACGAGGGACCUGAAGGAUGUGGCGGGGUCUGAAGAACGACUCUCUUGGACCUUGGACCCUCGCUUGCAGGAGAGGGUCGUCAUCCAGUUCCUCACCGCCGAGGGGGCAGGGCCCAAAGAGGUAUUUGAGCGCCUGAGAGCAGUCUUCGGAAAGAGUCUUCCUCUGAGUACCAUACAGAGGUGGUCAAGACAGUUCAAGGCGGGCAGGACUAGCGUAGGAGAUCUGCCAAGGAACAUGACUCGUUCACAAACUUCAACAAAAUAGCUUGCUGUUGUUGUGAAGUAAAGAUUCUGAAACCAUUCUCCCAGUUUUAAAUAUAACUUCGUUUAUAUAUGUGGAUUGUAUUGGAAAAAAGUAUACAAUUACAGAAAUACAAUAUAGCGUGAAUAGCUCCAGCGGGCAACUCCCUCCCCCUCCAACACUGAUUGGAUCUGCUGGAAUGGCGACGACCUCGAUAUUUUUCAACUAUUAGGUGCCCCCCACUGCCCAAGGUGCCAGAGUUUCAGACAUGAACGUAUAUAAAGAAAAGGCUUCAGAACUUUAGAAAAACAAAAAUUUCAAAUCCACGGAUUAUAACACACUUACUAGGUCUUAAAGCUCAACAACAUGUAGGGUCCUGAAGCCCGUAGGAUAUCUCAUAGAUCUUCACUACCCAAUGUGUCAGCCACCUCCGAAAACAUUUUCUAUACACGCUACUGGUUUCAGUAGACGUUCAGCCACUUUACAGUGCUAAUAAACUUUUAAGCUUACUCUCAGUUCGCAGUUUCUUCAGCCUGUAAACAAAGUACAGACAGACCAUGCUCUCAUUUAAAGUGAUCGAAUUAAAUAAUUUUCUAACUUUUUUUCUUUUCUGAACCGAUCUAGUUCUGAUAAAUUUAUUAUAUAAUGUUAGAAGAUGGAUAAUUUUGAAUAUUUUUGAAUAUUGUGUAUUGAUAUAUUGUUAGCGGGCUAAAAUAGUAAGAUCAUCAACCAUAUAUUUAUUAUUGAUGUUUUUAAGACUUGUAAAUCAUAGGAGUAUAGCUGGGGAAGGAUUUGGCGGCCAAGUAAACCCAAUUUAAAGUGACACAUAUGUGCUCUCAAUAGAUAACGUAAACCCUGUGUAUCUACCCACACAUCCUGUGGUCUGUCAUAACCAGUACAAGGGAACGUUAGACACAAUAGACUCCACAGCCUGCCACACACACGUGGUCCAUUCGUCAUUCAAGCUUGUCUCGCAGUAUUUGUGUUUGUUUUACUGAUCGGCUCUACACAAUGUUUUUCUACAGAUCACUGUGGUUUUAGAUCCGGCAGUCUGGUGUUUUCCGUUUUCAAACGAGUAGGAGCCAUUAAUAUUAAUGUAGUUUAAAGAACUACAAUCAGAAGAUAACGGCUUUAAAAGCUCCAUUACAACAAUAUUGCCGAAUAUUUUAACCGCUUGAUAAAAAUAUGUAAAAUAUGAGAUUGUAAUUUAGUAAAACAUUUUUUAAAACGAUUCUAAUAUUUUAUACCCAAAACAGUACACUUGUAACUAAGUAGUAUAUAAAUGUGGAUAAACAAUUCCUGAGUUAUGAAUUUUGAGUUUGGUUGAAAAAACUGGUUCUUGAAAGAUUGGUACUUUUUUGUUGUUAUAAAUAUAAUUUGCUUUAUAUGCCUAAAAUUGAAAUAAACAAGCUAAUGUGACUCCCGUUUUUAUAGCUCUACUAGUUAGGAGGCUGUGGUUUCACAUGCACACAUUGCAACAUGCAAACAUAUUGUACAAUAUAAAUACAAACACAGAA